AUGCAACUAUCCAACGUGUUCCCAACCUCCUUAGUAUUCCUUCUCCAGGGCGCAGUCACUUAUGGCCAAGGCUUUGGAUGUAAAGGAAAUGUAAUGGUUUCAUACUGGCCUAACUCUGGCUGUGUCAAAAUGACCGGGAUGAAGAAUGAACUAGCCGAGGUAAUUCCUGCCCAUUGGAACAAUCAGGCGUCCAUCUACGAAUGCGCUUCCGACAAGAAUCACUACCUCACGGAGGCAUGUUGCUCCAACGAUCAGGCCAUGAACCAAAAAAUACCUUCCACCACCUUCUUAAUUAACUGUAGGAAACCCAAUGGAAAACAGUUCAAAUGGCCGUUGCCGGUGGUCUAG